AUGUUCGCUGCUUCCUUCUGCGCGCUCCUUUCCUUGCAUCCGAUUUUUUGCUCCCGCUGGUCGGCGGCAGCUCUUCCUCCCGAUCGCCAGGACGCACCGUGGUUCAUUGGAUGCGUCCGCGCCAGCAGCAGCCUAUACAGGACCGAGGGGGCCCGUGACCUUGACCCGGCCUCUUGCUGCGUUCGCUGCUUAAAGAAAGGGUACCAGGUUGCAGCGUUGACCUCGCAGGCUUGUUACUGCGGCAACCAGCAACAUGGUUUUGUGGCCAGUGAGUGUUUCAACACAUCUUCCAGUGGAGGGACAAAAGAUGACAGAGGAGAGAGACAGAGUGUCCCCUACUUUCCUGUUGGAGGUGAACAGGGAUGUGUGGCCCUCUACAGAACUGAAGGACCAUUUCUGCACAGCGUUCGUCUGUCUACGUCUCCGGACAGUGUGCAGGCGGGAAAGACUUUUGUCAUGGAAGUUUCUGGAAACUUGGCUGGACGCCCCAAACAGCCCACAGGGAUUCCGGGUCUAGGAGAGCAGGACCUCUCUUACGUCACUGUGGAGUUUCGGGAAACGACGUCUACGGGUCAAAGAUCACGCCCCGUCAAUGUGUUGCAUGACGGCUCCUUUGUUGUGUCAUCUGAUUGGAUUUUGCCAACGCCAGGAAAGUAUCAACUCAACGUCAGCGUCUCCAACCCCCUCUCAACAGCAUCCUCCACCCUCCACCUCUCCGUCUUGCAGCCCUCUCCAGACGGCAUGGUGGUCUCUGUGCCUCACGGCCCCCUGGGUGUCUCCCCCAGGAGCCCAAGAGGCUCCAACAGAGAGACAGUGGAGGAGGCGUACCUGGGCGACCCAGUCACGCUGCAGGCACACAUGGCCGAUGGUGUGGCGGAGGAGUUUUUCCGGUGGAUUACACGCGACAAAAAGGAGGAAGAUAAGAAGGUUGUCAAGGCAGCUUGCAAUCCCACAUCCGACUGUUCCAUCAGCACUGUGACGAACGAAAGUUGCCUCAGAGCGCCUCUUCUCUACACUUCUGACCCAACGUCUGUGCCGCUCUCCCACCUGCUGCCUCAAGCCUUUGUGGUGGACGAAAUCACGCGUGCGCUGAUUUCCUCCUGGACUUGGAAGUCAGCAGUUUCAACGCACACAGAAGUCCACCUGCGGGUCGUCGGCCCUGUCAGCCGAACGAGGUCGAGAGUUCUUUGGACUUUCAGUUUGGAUAAUAACGCUGGGAUAAGCAGGACAACCGAAGACUGGAGCGUGAAUGUGUCUCUUACUGCAGCAGGCCGCUACAACGUGACGGCCAAGGCCUUGGACCCGAUCGGCCGGGCCUCGCUCUGCACACACAUCCUGCUUCAGGAUCCAGUUGGGGAGUUAUUACUGAACGUUCCCAGCGUGGUCACGGCACAUCAGAGACACCCGGUUUCAUUUAGCGUCACAGCAGGCUCAAAUGUGACCGUGUCUCUGCUGGUGAAUACGACGCUGCUGCACAGAAACAGCAGCUACGCUGCAGGAGAGGAAACAACGGUGGUUUCGCUUUUCGACCAAGCCGGGACAGUUGUGGUUGAGCUUCGGGCGGAGAAUCGAGUGUCUUCUCAGAACAGAAGCGUGAAAGUGCGCGUCGAGGGCAACCGGAAACUGUCACCAGAGGUUAUGGUUAAUCCAACAUGGCGACCACCAUGCAGUCAAAGUCCUGUUCACAACCUGGAUGACAAAGUGUGGAUUUAUGCAGAAAAGCAAGCGUAUCCCACAAAUACCGAUAUAACCUUUGUGGCCAUGGCUAAAGUACCGGAACCUGUGGAAUUCCUCUGGCACUUCGGGAACUCGAGAUCAAAGAGAACCGCCUCAAGAACCGUCACCGAAAGAUACCACAAACCUGGCAGGUAUGCUGUAGUUGUAGUAAUGUCAAGUGGCCGGACCUCCAUCACCUCCGAUGUGUUCCCGUUGGUUGUGCAGAGAGCAGUGAGGCUCAACAGGCUGGUCCUCCGGGCCUCCGUCCUGCAGAACCAAACCGUGACGAUGAGCUGCCGGCUCAAUGUGGGCACUGAUGUCACCUUUCUCUGGAGCUUUGGAGACGGAUCGUCCAGGCUGGGACGGAGCACCGAGCAGCACGUUUUCCACAGGCGAGCUUCACUGGCAUUGUUGUUUAAUAAGUUUAGCGGGAGCUUCGGUUAA